CCACCCACUUAUUUUGAAGCCUGUCGUUUGGGAGUCACGAGAAGUUUAACGGUUAACGAAGCUCAACGAAAAUGACACAAAUGAGCCGGAUGAAAACGACUUCGCUGGAAGGUUUCUGAUAAGCGACGACGCUCGCCUGUGUCACAGGUGCGGUCUCGUACUUUGUUAGCCCACCUGGAACUCCGGGCGGCUCGUAGAGGAAUCGCUGUGCCUGCUAGCGAAACUCGUUAGCCGCUAACCACCGUAGAUAGCAAGCUAACUAGCAGCAUCGCCCGAGUGGAGCGAACAAGUCGCGGGGUGUGAAGCUAACCACACCGAGGCUGCUUUUGGAGGGCUGCUUGGCUGGAUCUGUUCCAGUGAAGAGUUUAUUUCUGCUCUUCUGCAGUGCUGCUCUUCCCGUUUCAUUGUGUCGGAGCGUCCUGACUGCAUGCACGCAUGCUAGCAACAGCCACAACCUGCUAGCGUAAGCUAAAGAGACUGUUUAUGUUUUGUUUUUACGCCGUAGCCGGUACGAGAUUCUGCAACGUGGUUGUGUCACCAUGACGCGUGGUUAUUGACUGGACUUUUUAAAUGUCGUGCAGCCCCUCCAGGAGAAGCAGACGCGGAGCAUGCAGGAGAAGAAAAGAGUUCAGAUAAGUAGAUAGGGGACGCGACCAAGUUAAACUGGACUGCGGAGUCGAUUCGCCUCUGAUAAGGGAUUGCAUUUUGGUUGGCCCUGACAGAGAGACGCAAGGAUGAAGAAGUUUUCGAGAAUGCCAAAGUCUGAGAGCGGCGGGCUCGGAGGGGCAUCCGGGUCCGGCUCCAGCUCCGGAGUCAGCAGCUACUUCGGGAAAGUGUUUUCAGUCGGCCGGUACCAAGUUACCGUGGACGAGCUUAUUGCAGAGGGAGGCUUCUCCGUGGUGUUUCUGGCUCGUACGCACAGCGGUGUACGCUGCGCUCUCAAAAGGAUGUACGUCAACAAUGUCCCGGACCUGAAUGUCUACAAGAGAGAGAUCACUAUAAUGAAAGAGCUGUCGGGCCAUAAGAACAUCGUUGGCUACCUGGACUCUACGAUCAGUGCCGUGUCAGACAGCGUGUGGGAGGUCCUGAUCCUCAUGGAGUACUGUAAAGCGGGUCAGGUGGUGAAGCAGAUGAACCAGCGGUUAAAUGUGGGCUUCAGCGAGGCCGAGGUCCUCCACAUCUUCUGUGACACAUGUGAGGCUGUGGCCCGCCUGCACCAAUGCAAAACACCCAUCAUCCACAGAGACCUGAAGGUGGAGAAUAUCCUGCUGAAUGACCAGGGAAAUUAUGUGCUGUGUGACUUUGGCAGUGCCACUCACAGAGUUUUACUGCCACAGAAGGACGGCGUGGCCGCUGUGGAGGAUGAGAUUAAGAAGUACACAACCCUUUCAUAUCGGGCGCCAGAGAUGAUUAACUUGUACGCAGGAAAAGCCAUCACCACUAAGGCUGAUAUAUGGGCACUUGGAUGCUUGUUGUACAAGCUGUGUUUCUUCACACUUCCAUUUGGGGAGAGUCAAGUUGCCAUAUGUGAUGGAACCUUUAUCGUUCCAGAUAACUCCAAAUUCUCCUUCAAGUUGCACUGCUUAAUCAGAUAUAUGCUCGAACCAGACCAGGAGAAGAGACCUGACAUUUACCAAGUGUCCCAUUUUGCCUUCAAAUUAGCUGGAAAAGACUGUCCAGUGCCAAAUCUCUUUAACUCUCCCAUCCCGACGUCACUGCCAGAGCCUCUGACAGCCAGUGAGGUCGCCGCUAAGAAGAGCAUGACGAAAGCCAGGAUAACAGACUCCGUGGGCCCAACGGAAACAUCGAUAGCUCCCAGACAGCGGCCGAAAGCUGCCAACAGUAACGUCCUGCCUCUCACCAACACCGUCACCCCCGUCAAGAUGUCCGUGCCUUCAGCACCCGUCAGCAACGGCCAGAAAGCUCCCACUCCCGGCUCUGGGCAACCAUCCGUACAGCCACAGCGACAGCCCCAGCCCGGCAGUCAGCAACACCGAGUCCUGCAGCAGCUCCAACCUGGUGACCUACGCCUGCAGCAGCUACAGCAUCACCAUCACCAGGCAGUGCAGCAACAACAUGCAAAUGCACAGCAACUCCAAUACCUCCAGUACCAACAGGCUGUGCAGCAGUCCCUCCAGCUUCAGCAGCAGCAGCAGCAGCAGCAGCAGCAGCAGGCCCUGCUCCAGCAGCAGCAGCAGCAGCAGCAGCAGCAGGCCCUGCUCCAGCAGCAGCAGAUGAUGAUGCAGCCGAUGUAUCAGCAGCAGGUUGCUCAGGCUCAGUACGCUGCCAUGCUGCAACAGUACCAACAGGCUUUUGUCCAGCAGCAGCAGCAGCAUCCACAGCAGCAGCAGCAUCAUCCCGCUCAGCAGCCACUCCCCUAUAUGUCUUCCCCUCUUGAGUUCCAGAUCCCUCUGGGUUCCUAUAAUGCGACCACACCCACCACAGGAACUGGAGCUGGUACUGGGCAGUUGGGGGGGCUGUCUCCUGUGGAUCCCUUGUACACUAACCCCAGGAACCCUCUGCUUGCCACCGAUGGGGUCACCCCGCCUUCUCAGAGCUGCAGCAUAGUCAGCAAUCCUCCCGAUAUGUCAGGCUGGAACCCUUUUGGAGAGGACAACUUCUCCAAAUUGACCGAGGAGGAGCUGAUCGACCGGGAAUUUGACAUGCUCAGAGCAAAAAAGCCGGUGGAGAGAACGACGAGUGUGGAAGCCGAGCGACCGCCCGCCGCCCCCGCCGCCAAGCCCCUUCCUCCAGAGGAUCUCUUCGGCUCAGUCCCCUUUGUGGCCAACGCAGGUACCAGCGUGCAACAGGCCGAGCAGAGCAGCGAGGAAACCAGUGAUCCCACCGCCGCUGAGAGUCUGCAGCCGGCCCACAAGGACUACAAACCAAGCAAGAAGAGCAACGGCAGGCCCGGCGAUGAGUCGGACAGCGACUUUGAGUCCGACCCUCCUUCACCUAAGAGCAGCGAGGACGACGAGCCGGAGGAAGACGAAGCCUUGAACAGCGAGCACGGUGAAGACACCGAGCCGGAGAAUUUUGGACAGAGGCCUCUGCUGAUGGACUCCGAGGAAGAGGGAGAGGAGGAUGAAGACAAACACAGCUCCGAUUCGGACUAUGAUGCCAGCAGGGUGAAGAACCGCUCAAAGAAAUCCGCAGGAGGUAAAGGAGCUGCUUCCGACACCAGGAGUCCUCCUUCUGGGAUGGCUCUGAUCACCCCUCCAGAGUCGCCGGGGGGAGCGAGAGCUGUGGAACCCGUGGAUGCUUUUGGUGCCAUCCCCUUUCUUGGAGGAACCUCGCCCGCGGAACCUUCAGAGGCCACAGAUAUCUUCACCAAAGCGCCUUUCAGGCAGGUUAGCCACGAGCAGCAAGCAGCUGACGACUUUGAUGUUUUUACCAAAGCGCCAUUCAACAGGAACCUGUCGAAGUCGAGCAGGAGCGGUGGCGACGUCCCCAUGGGCCAAACGCCACCAGUUUCUCCUGAGGGCAUCGACGUUUUUGGCUUCUCUCCCUUCCAGCCAAGCCCCGCCGCCCCACCUCCCACCACUUCCAGAAGUGCCGAAGACAUCUUCCGGACGCCCUUCGAAGAGUCGGCGAGUCCUCAGCAGCAGAGGCUGAAGCAGCGCAGCCUCCAGAAGCUGUCAUCCCGCCAGAGGAAGACCAAACAGGAGGCCACGGCAGGGGGCAGUAAUGGCAAGCGGCACCACGGGACACCGACCGGAGGGCGCAAGAGCAACAAGCCGACCUAUCGCACACCCGAACGAGUCCGCAGGCACAAAAAGGUCGGCCGCAGAGACUCGCAGAGCAGCAACGAGUUCCUCAGCACCUCUGACUCUAAGGAGAACAUCAGUGUGGACAUAACGAUGGCCGAGGGAGCGUCUCUGCCGGUGGACGACGCCCUGUUAGACCCGUUUGGAGCCAAACCCUUCCACCCUCAGGACGGUGGCCGACACAGCCAGUAUCAAGGCCUCGGCGAUGGUAAAACCGACAUCGGCACAGCCAACGGUAAGUCCUGGACGGGCUCUCUGCACGGAGAGAGCCGAAACAUGGAUGACUUCGGGGCGGUGCCCUUCACAGAACUCGUCAUCCACAGCGGACCUCAGCAGCAGCAGGCACCUUCACAGCCGGUGGACCUCGACCCCUUCGGAGCUGCACCUUUCCCCUCAAAGCAGUAACUCCACCUUCUGUCAGCUGCUUUCUUUCUUUUUGGUUUGGGAUCAUUUUUAACCAACAAGCUAAAACUUUUUUUCUAAGAACGUUUUAAUACAUCUGAGUCUGAUAACAAACCCUGUGGAGUGA